CACUGAGAAAGCGAUGGUAGGGGAAAACAAAACUGACCGCAUCUCCGGGACUGACGGGAUAAGUGACGAAUGAACAGGUAGAGUAACGAGCGUUUCGACAAGUAGGAGAAAAUAAUUCUCCCAACCAUAACAGAAACCUAAUCCAGACGAUAAUCGGAUGCCUGUAACGACCGACACCUUCCAUGGGAGUGCAUGUUUAUGAACUUUAGCUUAGCUAGCCGCUAUGACAGCCAGCGAGGCUAACUUCAACGCUGGUGAACGCUAGCUGUGAAUGAUAGAGGAAGCCAGGGCACUGCUCGCUGCUAGGGUUUAUAUUCCACAGCUUCAUGUCAAGUUGGGAUUGUUGACAAGCCAAAAUAUGUUCGGGAAGAAGAAGGCACCGAUGCCCAAGGGUCACGGAGCUGCUGCAGCCAAAAAGAUGGGUCUGUUUGUUGACAUGAGCCCAGAGGAGAUGCUUAUGGGAAUGGACGAUAACCUGGACGACCCGUCCCUAGAGGCAGAGCUUGCUGCAAUCACUGGGGACAAACCCCCUGCUGGUGGGAGGGCAAAGCCGAAGGGCAAAGCCCCUUUGCCAAUGGAAGACAUCGCAAGAAUGGCCGACGACUGUAUGAAAGACUUGGACGAAGAGGACGACGAUGAUGACCUGGAAGAUGACGAGGAUCUUCUGGCCGAGUUACAGGAAGUGGUUGGUGAGGAGGAAACGGGGGAGGCCAUGAAGGCGGACUCCACUUCCACUGUCACUGCAGAAUCUUCUCCAGCGAACACACCACGGUCCCCGACAGCGCAGGAGCCCUCCUCAGCCCCAGGCAGUCUGCAGCGCACCCUGGAAGAGAGGAGAGCCAUGUACAAGACGGCCCUGGAGAACGCCAAGGCCGCCGGAGAGUCCUCCAGAGUGAGGCGAUACGACCGAGGCUUGAAGACCCUGGAGACCAUGUUGACGGCGGUGACCAAGGGCCGCAGCGUGAACGAGGCAGACGUCCCCCCUCCGGUGUCCACCGGGGCCCCCCAGUCCCAGGGGCCUGCCCCACCGCGCCCCGUGGACCCCCAGCACGCCCCCGCAGACCAGCAGGGAGAGCCAAGCAAGGAAGAGGAGUGCUCUUCGUCCACCCUGAGCAGCCUGUCGUCCCCUGUGGCGGAGGCAAAGACACCCACGGUGGAUGAGGCAACCAGGAACAUGCUGCUAGAGAGGCAGAGGGAGUACAGGGUGGCCGCGCUACGGGCCAAGAAGCAGGGAGCAGUGGAGCAGGCCAAGCUCUACGUGAGGACCAGCAAGAAGUUUGAUGCAGUGAUCGAGGCGCUGGAGCACGGAGCGGCCAUGGACCUGAGCGGCUUACCGCCUCCCCCACCACUGGAUGAAGGAGGGAGCUCAGCUCCAGCUAAGGAGUCUUCUGUGGCACAACCCUCUGAACCAGUGCCUGCGGCAGCCCAGGCAGCUGGCCCCCCCACGGCCCCCCCCACGGCCCCCAGGGACGUGCUAGAGGCCCUGGAGCAGCGGAGGGCCAAGUACGCCGAGGCCAGCGCCCAGGCCAAGGCCGGCGGGGACGACCGCAAGGCCCGCAUGCACGACCGCAUCGCCAAGCAAUACCAGAGUGCCAUCCGAACACACAAAGCGGGGAAGCCGGUGAACUUUGAGGAGCUCCCCACCCCACCGGGCUUUCCUCCAAUCCCUGGCCAGAAGGGGGCGGGAGCUGAUCAGGGAUUGGCUGCUGCGCUGGAGACAGCCAAUCAGCUUGCCACGACCGACCCUGCAGAUGUGGAUGAGGACGGAGAGGAGGACCAGGUCUCUCCCACCAAGCCCACCAUGGCGGUGCCCCCCAUGGUGCAGCCACAGCGGAAGAAGUCCAGCGCUUCCUCCCCUGACAGUGAAUCUGCCAAAGAGGGACUUUCACCCACAGGCACACAGCAGCUGGACUUCCUGGAGGGCCGCAGGAAGCAGUACAUGAGGGCGGCUCUACAGGCCAAGCAGAAGAAGGACUUGGAGCAGGCUAAGGGCUUCCUCCGCUCCGCCAAGGCCCUGGAGCCCCUGAUAGAGGCGGCACGGGCCGGAAACCCCGUGGACAUCAGCAAGGUGCCGUCGCCCCCUGGUGACGAGGAUGAGGACUUCAUCCUCGUGCACCACAGUGAUGUGCAGCUCUCGGAGAAGGCAGAGGAGGUCUACGCACAGCUCCUCAAGAUCCUCAAGGAACAACACGAGAAAUGUCGGACCUACUCCAAACAAUUCACACACCUGGGGAACAUCACAGAGACGACAAAGUUCGAGAAGAUGGCCGAGAGCUGUAAGAAGAACCUGGAGAUCCUGAGGCUGUCGCAGGCGCGGGGGCUGGACCCCCCCAAGCACCACUUUGAGGAGAGGACCCAUCGCACCGUCAGGAUCUUCCCGGAGCUCAGCAGUACUGAGAUGGUGGUGGAGUUGGUCAAAGGCUUGAAUCUACCCGCUCCUAGUGGUAUCCAAGCAAAUGACCUGGAUGCAUACGUCAAGUUUGACUUCCCCUAUCCAAGCACAGAGAAACCUCAAUCCCAUAAAACGGCGGUCAUCAAAAACAACAAUUCACCAGAAUACAACCAGAGCUUCACGCUGACCAUCAACCGCAACCACCGGGGCUUCAGGAGGGUGCUGCAGUCCAAGGGCCUCAAGCUGGAGGUCCUGCACAAGGGGGGGUUCCUGCGCAGCGACAAGGCGGUGGGCUCGGCCGUGGUGAAGCUGGAGCAGCUGGAGAGCCAGAGCGAGAUCAGGGAGAUCGUUGAGGUGAUGGACGGCCGGAAGCACACAGGGGGCCGCAUCGAGGUGAAGGUGCGUCUGAGGGAGCCUCUGAGCGGACAGGACCUGCAGACCUCCACGGAGCGCUGGCUGGUGCUGGACCAGUCCCAGGUUCUUCUUUAGAUGUUGCCGCAAGACUGAAGACGCCCUCCAAGACUCAAAUCGCCUCUCCUCAGAGGCGAUUUGUGGAGGCUUGGGAAGAGGAGGGAAGAGAGCCAGAGAAUUCAAAGGAGGAAGAGGAGAAGGACAAUUCCGAUGUCUUCAGACACUUUCACUGACUUUCUGGGACGCCGUCGGCUGCUGAGAAACACACACGCACACGCACACAAACCCACACACUCGCACACCUGCCAGAGGGCGGUUAUAGUGUGUCCUCCCAACUGAAUCGCCUGGCUUCCUUUCCUCUUCGCUGUGUACGUUCUCACCUAGUUAAUCAAGUUCAACACAAUGCCAUAGAAUAUGCAUUUGCAGCGCUAGCACACUUCUUCCACAGUUUUCAAUUUCAGCCAUAAUUGCUCCGUUACCGCCAUACGCUUACACGUCAGGGAGAGGUCUGACUUCGGCCAAUAGCGGCUUGCCACACGCACGCGGCUGUUACAAUGCCCGCCGUUGGCCGGAGAAUGACGAUUCAUUCAGCGAGUGUUGUGAACGAGCCGGUGAACGGUUAAAAGAGGCUUAUGAGCAAGGUGACUUGAGGCUUGCUCUCCUCUCUCACACACACACACACACACACACACACACACACACACACACACACACACACACACACACACACACACACACACACACACACACACA